AUGAGCAGCAGUGACAACAAUAGCAAUACUAAUAACUUGCAGCAGAGUAACAUUCAACAAGUACAGAUGAAUCUACUGAGACAACUAGCCAUUAUUAAUGCUGCUGUUGCUUCCAACAAUCCCUCAGUUACAGAGAAUACACCCCCAGCUCCUCAAAAUCCUCCACAACAAUCAGUAAUCCAGCGACUUCUAGUAAUGGAAUGCCUCCAGCGACAAGCACAAGCUCAACAUCUACUGGAAGCGCUGGCAUCCCUCAACGCUCAGAAUUCUAGAGCUGGAGAAGGAAGAGGAGCCUCUGAAGCGUCCGAGUCUGAGAGCCAAUCGAUCGCUUCUAGUGACAUUUCCGCGCUACCAUCUCCUUCAAUUCUGUCACUAGAAGAUUCAGCCCACAGUUCUGCAAGUAUAGAAAGCUCUAUUCAAGGGCACAACUACAGACUUGCUCUGACGGAUAGAACAUUGCUCAGGGCUCAAUUGCCGCUGAGAGAUGACCAAAGAAGACUUGAAAAUUUGAUUCAACGAGCGAUUGGGCCGGAAUGCCUCAGAUUUACAUUUGAACAGGCGAAGCUUCUCGUCGAUGCGGGACUAGUCAGGCCUCAUGGAAGCAAAGAUACAGCAGACAAUUUGCGAUACAAGUGCGUCUUUUGCAAUGUCCUCCAAGUGCCGAUCCGGUCGUUUAGGCGGACAGAACAGCUGCAGCGCCACUACCACAACCACCUAGACAUACGUCUCUACAAAUGCUCCGUCUGCGACAAACGAUUCAAGCGCACAGACCACCUCAGAAGACAUUUCAAAACGCAACAUCCUAAUCAGUACAAAAUUAUUUAUGAAUAA